GUCGUUGUUAUCUACCAAAAAUGGAAGGUCCACUCCGUUGUACUCAGCUGUCGGCACGUUACUGGUACGACUACACGACCAGACAAUGCGGAGCAUUCUGGUGGCGUGGCUGUUUAGGUAACGCGAACAAUUUCGAGAGUUGGGAAGAAUGUCAAACGUUCUGUACGGGAAUUGGACCGUUCGAGACGACCACUACAACGCCUCAACCUGCACAACCAGAGCAAUACGAACGGCCAACUGCCGCGGCUGGCACUGAGGUACAGCCUCAUCCAGAACCUAGCUAUAGGGAGUAUGAUCCAACGCGUGACCAGGCACGUCAACCUCAAGGUCAGCAACAACCCGACUAUUCGCAACAGCAACAACAAUACCCACAAGAUCCUCGACAGCAACCCGAAUAUCGUCAGCAA